GGCCGCCGUCCGCCCGCCAGCCUCCUCCUGGCGGUCCUCCGCCGCCUGUCAGGUGUUAAAUGCUGCCAGGCCCUUCCCCCUGGCCAGAUGGAUCUCUCUGUCCCGAAGCCCCGCGCGGAAACCAACAGCAAAGAUAUAUGGCAUCCAGGAGAAAGAUGUCUCGCCCCUUCUCCAGAUAAUGAAAAACUUUGUGAAGCAAGCAUAAAAUCUGUCAUAGUGGAUGAAAAUGGGAAGUCAUUUGCAGUCAUCUUAUAUUCAGAUUUUCAAGAAAGGAAAGUACCUCUUAAAAGACUUCAAGAAGUGAAAUCUGUUAAAGAUUGCUCCAGGAAUUUUAUAUUUGAUGAUGAAGAUUUGGAAAAACCUUAUUUCCCAGACAGAAAAUUUCCAUCAUCUGCUGUUGCUUUUCAAUUAUCUGAAAAUGGAGACUCUAUUCCUUAUACUAUUAAUAGGUAUUUGAGAGACUACCAAAGGGAAGGAGCCCUGUUUCUCUAUGAACACUUCAUCGAAGGAAGAGGAUGUAUUCUUGGUGAUGACAUGGGACUUGGAAAAACAGUACAGGUUAUUUCAUUUUUGGCUGCAGUUUUGGGUAAAAAGGGAACUCGUGAAGAUAUUGAAAAUAACAUGCCAGAGUUUUUACUAAGAAGUAUGAAAAAGGAACCCCUUUCUUCUACAGCAAAAAAGAUGUUCUUAAUAGUUGCUCCUCUUUCUGUCCUCUACAACUGGAGGGAUGAACUGGACACCUGGGGGUAUUUCAGAGUCACUAUUUUACAUGGUAACAAAAAAGACAAUGAACUGACUCGUGUGAAACAGAGGAAAUGUGAAAUUGCUCUAACAACAUAUGAAACACUGCGCUUAUGUCUGGAUGAACUUAACAGUUUGGAAUGGUCAGCUGUCAUUGUAGAUGAAGCUCAUAGAAUCAAGAAUCCAAAGGCUAGAGUAACAGAAAUUAUGAAAGCUUUAAAAUGUAAUGUCCGAAUUGGCCUCACUGGAACCAUUCUUCAGAACAACAUGAAAGAAUUGUGGUGUGUUAUGGACUGGGCUGUGCCAGGACUUUUAGGUAGCAGGAUCCAUUUCAAGAAGCGGUUUUCUGACCAAGUAGAACACGGUCAGAGACACACAGCAACAAAAAGAGAACUAGCUACUGGCCGAAAGGCCAUGCAAAGGCUUGCAAAAAAGAUGUCUGGAUGGUUUCUCAGGCGUACCAAGACUCUAAUCAAGGAUCAGUUGCCUAAGAAGGAAGACCGGAUGGUAUAUUGUUCUCUGACAGAUUUUCAGAAAGCCGUCUAUCAAACAGUAUUAGAAACAGAAGAUGUGUCUUUGAUACUUCAAUCUUCUGAGCCUUGUACCUGCAGCAGUGGCCGAAAAAGGAGAAAUUGUUGUUAUAAGACCAAUUCACAUGGCGACACAGUGAAAACCUUGUAUUUCAGUUACCUUGCAAUCCUUCAGAAGGUAGCUAACCAUGUUGCAUUACUGCAGGCUGCUAACACCUCCAAACAACAGGAAACACUUAUCAGGAAGAUAUGUGAUCAGGUAUUUUCCAGAUUCCCAGAUUUUGUGCAGAAAAGUAAAGAUGCAGCCUUUGAAACACUUUCUGACCCGAAAUACAGUGGAAAAAUGAAGGUCCUUCAGCAGCUUUUAAACCAUUGUAGGCAAAACAAAGAUAAAGUUCUUCUUUUCUCCUUUUCUACCAAGUUGCUCGAUGUGCUGCAGCAAUACUGUAUGGCAUCUGGGCUUGAUUACCGACGACUUGAUGGAAAUACAAAAUCAGAGGAAAGAAUCAAGAUUGUGAAAGAGUUCAACAGUACACAAGAUGUUAACAUUUGCCUUGUCUCCACAAUGGCUGGUGGACUAGGCCUCAAUUUUGUUGGUGCCAAUGUGGUUGUAUUAUUUGAUCCUACAUGGAAUCCAGCCAAUGAUCUUCAAGCAAUUGACAGAGCAUAUAGGAUUGGGCAAUGCAGAGAUGUCAAAGUGCUUAGGCUGAUAUCCUUGGGAACUGUGGAGGAGAUCAUGUACUUACGACAGGUAUACAAGCAGCAACUUCACUGUGUGGUGGUUGGAAGUGAAAAUGCCAAGCGGUAUUUUGAAGCAGUUCAAGGAUCAAAAGAGCAUCGAGGAGAGCUUUUUGGGGUCUAUAAUCUCUUCAAACUGAGGUCCCAAGGGUCUUGUCUUACAAGGGACAUCCUGGAGAGAGAAGGCCAAGUGGAAGCAGGGGUCAUGACAGCUACAACAUGGUUGAAAGAGGAACCUCCAGUACACAAACUAGAAACAGCUAGGGAGCCUGACUGUCAAGAAUACAAAAGUCCAGAACAGCCUGCAGAACCACUAGCAAAAGAAGCAUGUGAUCUCUGCAGUGAUUUUAGUGAAGAUGAAUCAGUAGGACACUCAAUAAUAAAGACUGCUAAAAACAAAGCAUCUGACUCAAGUAAAGCUUCGGGUACUCCUGGACAGCUUACCUUACUCCAGUGUGGUUUCUCUAAAUUGUUUGAGACAAAAUGUGAAGCAGUUGAGGACAGUGAUGGAAAUACUGCCUCUGACGAUGAAAGUUCUGAUGAACAGCCCACAUGCCUUUCAACAGAAGCCAAAGAUGUUGGUUGUCGGAAAAGUCAAGACUCUCUUGGUACUUCAAAGCAUCAGAAAUUACCUAACAUCCUAAAUCCAAAUGGAAAAUAUAUUUUUGAUAAAAGUGAGAUUUUAGAACAGAAUAUUUCUUCUGAGUCUGAUGAUGAGAAAAAUUUUAAAAAUACAGUUGACCACCAUUGCAUUUCACAGAAUGUCACAGAAUCAGAAGAUAGUGAUAUCAUCUUUCCCACACAGUACACAACUCAGAGAUUCCUCAAAAAGAGUGUAAGGUUUAAGCCACCUGUGGAUGGAUCUGAAGAUUCUGAAACAGAAAACCCUGUAAAUAUAAGAAAUAAUGGUGAUAAUAGAAAGACCGAUGUCAGAGGAAAUGGACUAAUUUCAAAACAAUUAAAUCCUGAGAACAAGACCCUAAAAUCUAAUACAAAAAGAAAAGGCAGUAGUGAUAUUAGUGACGAAUCUGAUGACAUUGAAAUUUCCUCCAAGUCAAGAGUAAGAAAGAAAAGAGCUACUAGUUCUCUGAGGUUUAAGAGAAAAGAGGAAAAUAAAAGGGAACUUUACACUUUUCCAAAAACAAUGAAGAAAACAAACCAACUGUGUGCAACAGAUGAAGACUGUACCUCUCAGGCUAUUGAUGAGUUUACAUCUUCAGAUGAUGAUUUAUCUGUUAGCCACAUCAGUGUCUCUAAACAGAACCAUAGACCAAAAACUAUAAAAGAUAGAAUCAGUUUCUCUUCAAAAUUAACUAGCCAUGAGAAAAAUAGCACUUUUAUACCAAGAAAACCAAUGAAAUUUCCAAAUAAGAGCAUUGUCAAUCAAGAUCAGAUGUGUGAAUCAAUGGAUAAAUUUUUAGGUGGUGUUCAGGAAGUGGCUUACAUUCACUCAAACCAGAAUGUGAUUGGAUCAAGCAAAGCUGAAAAUCACAUGAGCCGAUGGGCAGCACGUGAUGUAUUUGAAUUGAAGCAGUUUUCCCAGCUUCCUGCUAACAUAGCUGUUUGUACUUCUAAGACAUAUAAGGAAAAAAUGAAGGAAGAUACAUCGACACAUACAAAGGAAUGCCAACAACCAAGUGAAGGCAGCAUUUCCUUUCCCCUUUACAUUUCACACCCUGUAAGCCAGAAGAAGAAAAAUGUCUACCGAACAGGCCAGACCACCUUCAUAAUUGGAGAAACACCAAAAGGGAUCCGCAGAUUCUCCUGCCCCUGUGUGCACCAAGUCUUCUUGGAACUGGGCCCGUGCACGUUCCCUCUCUCCCUAGAAGGCUUCCUGGCUCAUCUUUACCUGACUGGCUUGUGGUGACAGCAGAGAAGCCUUCCCUGCCGCCUUGUCCACUACCAGUCACUGGCUUAGGUACCCCUUCUGUGGGUGCCAACAGGGUGCCGUAUUUACCUCCAUCAUGGGGUUUAUCACUCCCUUCUGGUUUGAUUUUCAUGUAUCUCUCUCCCCCAACUAGACUAUAAACUCCUUGACGACAGGGAACUGGGGUUUGUUCACUGUUGUAUAGUUUCUUUUACAGUGCCUAGCAAAUAAGAGGGCUCUAUAAAUAUUUGUUGAGUGGAUAAAUGAAUGUUGUAAGGAAAUAUUAUAUAAAAAUAGCUAUAAUUCUACAAUUUGGGGACUUUUAAUCAUAUGCUGCAGCACUAUCUAUGGCUUUUGUUUAAAAGAACAUUUAUAAGCAUUGGGCUCUCCUGACUCAUGGCCUAAACUCAGCAUCAGCAAACCAAUACCCUCUGUCUUAGUCUGCUAUAACAGAAUACCACAGACUGCGGCUUAAAAGACGGAAAUUUACUUCUCACAGUACUGGAGCCUGGGAAGUCCAAGAUCAGGGUGCCAGCUGAUUUGGUUCCUGGUGAGAGCUCUCUCCCUGGCUUGCAGAUGGCCACCUUCUCACUGUGUCCUUUCAUGGCAGAGAGAGAGCUCUCUGGUGACUUUUUAUGACCUCUUUUAACCUUAAUUACCUGCUGAAGGCCCCAUCUCCAAAUACAGUCACACUGGGGUUUAGGGCUUCAACUUAUGAAUUUUGGGGGAGGAUACAGUUCAGUCCAUAGAACCCUCACCUAGGGAAAGGAGCAGAGUCUAGUGCCCAGGGUUCCUAAACAACCUUUCCACUUCCAUCUUAGCAGGGUUUCAGAAGGCUCAUUUCCUCACACAUGCAUAUGACAGCUUUUAUUAAUAUCUUAUACUAGGACUGAAACGCAUUUCUUCAAAUAGCAUCUGACUUACUAGUUUAGCUAUCUAUACUGAAGUCAGAUCAAUACUGAAAAAGAAUCUAGGUUUAUCAGUUUAGAACUUUCCUUUAGGCUCAUCAAAAAGUUGUGUGAAAUUUCUAUAUUGUAUUGAUAUUUGUGGAAGGAGAAAAGAGAAGAUAGAUGAAAAAAAUUCCUGUCUUAAUUUUUCAGCAUUUUCUCUUUUCUAUUUAUUAAGACCCUUCUUUGACAGUUUUAUUUCAUGGAUCUUGAAUGCAAUAUAGAUUUCCAAAUACAGAUUAGAUAAAUUAUGAUUUUCAUGUAAGGCAUAAAUUGGCUGACUGGAGUAGCAGCAUGCUGGGAUCACACAAUUCCCAGGAAAUGCCUGAUAGUAUAAGUCAGAAUAACUUAAAAAGCUGGUAAUUUCAUGAGCUAGAAUAUUUUUUUCAAUAGUGUAAGGAAAGAGAUCAUAUUCUCCUAAGUGUAAAAUGCAUGUUCAUUAUGGAAUUAAGCUAAUAUAUGCUAAAGGAAUACGAUUACAUUGCUUUGUUGCUACAUAGCAUAACACUGAAAACAAGCUCUUUAAAAAUAAAAUGUAAUAAAAAU